AUGUCUGACCAGGAGGCAAAGCCUUCAACUGAAGACUUGGGGGAUAAGAAGGAAGGAGAAUACAUUAAACUCAAAGUCACUGGACAGGAUAGAAAUGAGAUUCACUUCAAAAUGAAAAUGACAACACAUCUCAAGAAACUCAUAGAAUCAUACUGUCAAAGACAGGGAAUUCCAAUGAGUUCAUUCAGGUUUCUCUUUCAAGGUCAGAGAAUUGCUGACGAUCAUAUUUCAGAAGAACUGGAAAUGGAAGAAGAAGAUGUGAUUGAAAUGUAUUAG